GCGCGGCGGCGGGCUUCCAGGAGGCGGAGGCGGCGAGGGGGGCGAUGGCGGUCUCUCGGAAGCUGGCGAUCCGCUUGGCCUACGCGGCCACCGGCACCGUCUCUGGGCUGUCGGCCUUUCUCGCCUGGAACCUGGCGCCCAGCCUGCGGCAGCCUUGCACCGCCGCCGCCGGCGGGCUCUCCGGUGUGCUGGCGCUCUGGGCCCUCAUCACGCAUGUGAUGUACGUGCAGGAUUACUGGAGGACCUGGCUGAAGGGCUUGAAGUUCUUUCUCGUUGUCGGCAUUCUCUUCUCCAUCCUCGCUGUGGCCGGGUUCUGCACGUUCCUGGCACUGGCCAUUACGCAGCAGCAGUCCUUGACGGAUCCAAAGAGUUACUACCUGUCUUGCAUCUGGAGCCUCCUCUCCUUCAAGUGGGCCUUCCUCCUCUGCUUGUAUUCUUACCGGUACAGAAACGAGUUUGCGGACAUCAGCAUUCUUAGUGACUUCUGAGACUCAGACUUUGAUCCCGCCAAGGGGGAUGUGCGUGUUAGGGGACUGCUGGACGAUGUGAGCGAGUGCUCGGACCCACGUGCCGGCAAGCAGGAAGCUGACGAGAGGCCGAAACCACAAACCUGUCCCACUUCUGCUUACCUGUUUGCUGGUUUCACUUGGGGGGGGGGGCUUUCUCCUCAGCUGCAUUUAUCCAGCCACUUGUUGCUCGGCCGCCUCCAUCCAUCUUGUCUACAUUACCUUUUGCCAGAGUUGCGUCUUUGUUUUGAGGAAGGGUUUGAGAGUUCUGUCUCCUCACGCACAGCGGAAACCAGGAUUCCAGUCCAAGACCUCGUAGGCCUAGUGUGCAUAGCUGUGUGUGUGUUUCUAUCCUCCAUUUCGUGUGUGUGAAGCCAUGGUUUCGUUUGGGAAGGCUGAAGCAAUCAGCACGCACGCCCUAGGCCCUCCUCUGUAGCUCAUGGGCUGCUGGCCGCCAUUUUGUGUUGCUCGUGAGGUGCUCCAUAAAAGCCCCCCGAAAGGGCUGGUUUGUACUACUUUCAUACAGAUGUAUUUUCAUAGAGCAAGGCAUGAUUUCAUUCUGAGAGAAGACUAUUUUGAACAACACGUCCUCUCUCUCCGCGCACAUCUUAUUCCCCCCCCUUUUCUUUGUUGCUGUUCACAGCUUUAGGGAGAAGGAAACCUGUGGAUAUUUAUGCACAAUGUACCCCCCAAACCCUUUUUCUUCUCCAAGCACUUUUAGGGGGUUGGGUGUUGAUGUUUUUAAAGUGAGGUUUUAGGCUAUGUUGGCCCUGAUAUUUUUUUUGAAGACGAGCCCUGUGAAAUAUGGGAAAUGGGGGGAGAUGCCUUCCAAAGCUUAUUAUUAUUUCAGGGCAAAUUGACAUUCCACAUCCUGAGACUUGGAUCAGGGUGUAAAAUGGCAUGACGUUGUCAGAAUAGCCCGACGAGUCUGCCAUUUUGAUCGAGGCAGGGGACAGUGUAGAGAGCCAGUUUGGUGCAGUGGUUAAGUGUGCGGACUCUAAUCUGGGAGAAC